AUGACUGAAAACGACACUGCACGGAGCAUCGAGCUGGGCGACGACAGCGACCAUACGUCUGAGGUUGAGAAUGCCAAAGAACAGUCACCGGGAGCAAGUAAUGCCGCUGGUAGCAGUCGGAAUACGCCACCAGCGCCACCACCGCCACCACCGCCACCACCGCCUGCACCCGAUGCUGAAGCUGGCAACAUAUUCGAUGAAAUUCUCCAAUACUUCGCGAAGCAAUAUCCUGCACAGCGUUUUCCUCCCGAUGUUGCGCGCCUUGUCGACAGGUGUCGCCGGGAGGCAAGUAGAUUGGUUGCGAGUGCCAACGCACAGUCUACGGGAUCAAGUUACGUCGCGGGCAGCAAUCAGAAUGAUGCUGUACAUGGUUCACCACCACCACCACCGCCACCACCACCGCCACCGCUACCGCCACCACCGCAGGCACGGCCGCUACCGCCGCCACUAGACCGGAUGCGACUGAUAACCGCUAGCCCACCGCUACAUGUCAAACAGCCGUCAGACUAUAAGAGCUCAGAAAUAUCGCUCCGCGAGUUAUUAAGGAAUCGCGAGAGAACCAGAGGCAUGCCUCCAGUUACGGGAGAUGAUUUGACACUAGUCGAGUUAAGUAAAUUUUUGUACGAACUCGAAAAGGUGAAGCUCUAUCAUGAGAGUGAGAUACAGACGCUACUGGAGGUAGGACGACUCCAACAUGUUCACCAAUACACUGUGCUGUUAGAGCAAUCGUUAAGGACGAUACUGGGAGACGUACAUGAAGCACGGAUGCGACAACCAAAUCAGGAAUCUGGGAUGCGACGACUCGAAUUUGUUCGCGAAUACUUCGAGUUGUUACAUGAAUUGAAUACUGUUACUCAACGCAUUACUGCUGAAAUAGCACAGUAUCGACAGUAA